CACUUGAGCAUUAGAUCAAUCGAUUAAAGACUAAAUAUUAAUUGAUUACAUAAUUGAUUGAUGAUUAAUGAAUGAACAAUGUAGAAUUAUAUUUAAACCACUUUUUAGUAUAAACCAAGAGGGGUUAUUAAAAUCUUUUCAGGGGACACCACAACCUCUCUCUUGACUUAUAUAAUAGAGAUUAUAAAGAGGGUUAAUUUCAUCCUAAUAAAAAAACAAUAAUAACAAGAUUUAAUGUGACUAAUAACCGUAAUAAUUACAAUAACAAAAUAAAUCGAUAAAAUAUUGCCUUUUACUAGCCUUAAUUUAUUUUCUAGGAGGUUAAAAAAAAAAAAAAAAAAAUCUACAUCUCUAGUCCUCUCCUUGUUGAGCAAAACGCGGAAACAAAUAUAAACUGUCUAAAACAAAAUUCCUUGCCGCGUUACUUGCGCUCCAAGAUUGUAAUAAAUCUCUAUAAAUAGAAUCGCUCCUUCAGUCGCCAGAACAAAUCGCUCUGCUUUCUAUUCCUUCAUCCCCAAUCUAUAAACCCUAACCUUAAUCCUAGUUUCUCUCCUCCAAACUCAUUGCGAUAAAUCCAAUUUCCUCUUACAAAUCCUCCAAACAUCUUCGUCUACCUCUCGAUUCUCCCGUGGAUUGCUCUGAAUCGCGUUUUUCAAUCCAUUAAUCAGAGAAUUCCUCGUUGUAUGAAGUUUGAAGUACGAUCGGCGGCAAUCAAUUGAUCGAUUUUUGACAUCGGAGUUCCUUAUUGAUCGAUCACCAGUCGGAUGAGCGUUAUAGCGAUCGAAAUUUUCGAUUUUCAGAUAAUCGAAGAGAAAGCGUUCGAGAAUUCAGCAUCGAUAUACUUGAAGGAGAAAUCGAGGCGAAAUAGAGAUAACAAUUCAUUGUACUUUUGUUAAUUUUUGUUGAAAGCUUUGAAACCCUUAAUAAUUGUUAUCUAGGGUUUUAUUGCGUUCGAAAUAUAAUUUUGUUUGAUUGAUCGAUUUGUUUGUGAUUGGAAGAAAGAAAAAAAAAAUAGUGAGAAAUUAUGGCUGUGUAUUAUAAGUUCAAAAGUGCAAAAGAUUAUUUUUCAAUUCCUGUUGUUGGUCCUUUCAUAUCGAUUGCCAAUUUAAAAGUAUCGAUUUUUGAAUCAAAGAAUAUGAGAAGGGGUACUGAUUACGAUCUCAUCAUUACCAAUGCACAAACCAAUGAAGAAUAUCUUGAUGAAGAAAUGUUGAUUCCAAGAAAUACCUCUGUUCUUGUACGCCGAGUUCCUGGACUGCCUCGUAAGCCCAUUGUUGUACAAACAGACAAUGCAAAGAUGGAAAAUAAGGCUGGGUAUGAUCAAUCUGCAAAAAGCAGCAUUACAACUGCUGAUUCUUCAGGCAUUUUAGCUUUUGAAGCAUCUGAAAUGGAUGAUAAAUUUGGAAGUAGUCCUUUUGCAAUGACCCCUGAGGUGAUACCUCUAGGCUAUCCGGCAGUUCAGUGCACGAUUCAGUUUGUUCAUCAUACUGAUGGUUUUGGCUCAAGGAGAGGUUCUGGAAGAGGUGAACAGAGUACCCAAGGAUUUGUUCGCGGUGGUUUGAAGUUGAAAAUACCUCCACAAGGCUAUGUUUGUCAUAGGUGCAAAGUUCCUGGUCAUUAUAUUCAGCACUGCCCAACAAAUGGUGACCCAAAUUAUGACAUUAAGAAAGUGAGACCUGCUACUGGUAUCCCAAAUUCAACGCUGGUACCUACACCAGAUGGCUCCUUUGUAUUGCAGAGUGGCACUGCUGCUGUUUUGAAGCCAAAUGAGGCUGCCUUUGAUAAAGAGAUGGAAGGGCUAUCUUCUUCUCGUUCUCUUAGAGAUCUUCCACCUGAACUCCAUUGUCCACUGUGCAAAGAAGUGAUGAAAGAUGCAGUCUUAUCUAGCAAGUGUUGUUUCGGGAGCUUCUGUGACAAAUGUAUCAGGGAUUAUAUCAUUUCAAAAUCAAUGUGUGUCUGUGGGACAAUAGAUAUACUUACAGAUAAUCUUGUGCCAAAUAAGACAUUACGGAAUACAAUUAACCGCAUCUUAGAGUCUUCUGGUAACAGCAGUGUGGAUAAUCCAGGAAGCUCUGUUCAAUUUCCAGAUAAAGAGUCUGCACAUCAUCCUCAACCUAGAAUUCCAUCACCUACUCAAUCUGCUGUGUCGAAAGAGGAGAAAAUGUUACCCCCAGAUGCUAAAGAAACUUCAAAUUUAAAGGAGAAUAUGGAUGAUGGUGGUAAGCUUAGUGCUGCUCCACAAGUUGGGGUACAACCACAGACCUCAGGGGAAGAUAAGAUCACUAAAGUUCCAGAUGUAUCUGAAGCUACACAUGAACAUGUUACUGUGAAGGAACCUGCAUCACAGGAUAGUGCUUUACCUCUUACGGAAGAAGUUCAGCCGAAGGUGGCUGUUAACGAAGCAGGGAAGAAAAAGAAAAGGAGGAAGGUGUCUUCAUCUGUUAAUGUUGCAGGCAUGCAAUGGAUGAGUAUGCCUGGUAUGGACGAAAACAUGUGCAAUACUGCAUUUAAUCCUUACCAGAGAGGCAUGCAACCUGCUGUUAAUGGAUUUAUGGGCCCUUAUGGUGGUAACAUGCCUUACAACAUGAGGUAUGGUCUAGGAUCUGCGGAUAUAUUUUUCGGCGAUUUUAUUUCUCCAAAUUUUUAUGGAGCACAAGGAUUCAUGAUGCCCCAAAUGCUUCCUCCACAAAGGGACCUUCAUAAAGAUCGUGAUUGUCACAGAGAAGCAAGAAGCAAUGACAAUGUCCUGCCUGAGAAGUCCAAACUUAAGCCAGCAUCAGCUCAUAGGUCUUCAAGGGAAGAACAUCACGAUCAUGAUAAUGACCGCAACCAUGACCAUAAGAGAGAAAUUAAAAGAGAGUCCAUUGACCAUGAUCGUUACCAUUACAACCACCAGCAGAUCUCCCGGAGACACCAAUCAUACGAUCAUGCCAGCCGUGACUCAUAUCGCCCUCGGCCAACUUUAAAAAGAAAAUCUGAACAUUAUGAGCUAGGCCAUGAGAUGGAUCAUCAUCACAGUCACCAUUAUGGCCGCUCCAAGUCGUCAUCCUUAAGGCAGUGACCGUCCAAAGUGUCCCCUCUGCAAGAAGCGAAACCAGAAGGCAGGAGAGUGUAGAUACUUAGGUGCCUUGAGCAAAGUUGUAUUGAAAUGAAAAAUGUACUACGUAAUAUGUUCGCAUAGUAACACAGAUAUGAAAUGUACUUGAUUUUUUCAAGUAUAAUAAAAAGUGGUUUAGUUACCUUUCACAUUUGCUAUUAAUCUUUUCAUAUGAUAAUGUUUUGGGAUAAAUUCUGCUCAUUGAAAAACGCCUAUGAAACCUUAAGUCUUAGGUAAAGAUCCUACUCUGUAAUUUUAACUCCACCUCCCUCAAAAUAAAAAAAAAUAAAAAUAAAGAUUAAAUAUUAAAAAUUUGCAUCAGUAUAAUCUCAAACAUAAAUUUAACUUAGAAAUUUUUUUUUUUUUUACUUCGUAUUAAUAUCUAAGCUUGUACAU